UCUGGUGGUUGUUUAAGAGUUAUUUAAAUAGUUAUUUCUGACAUUACAGACAGCAUAUUUUCCAUUUUAUGUGAUAUAAUUUGACAACUGCAAUAGUAGCUGCAUAUGUUCUAUUUACAUAGUGUAUAGACAAGUGUUCUGAUUAAUGUUUAUAGACUCAAAGUACUGUAUGUGCUAAUAUGAAAGAUAUAGUCAUACUCAAUAAGGACAGUCCUGAACUGAUUCCUUUGUUUGUGCAAUUGAUUAUAGCUUGUAUAAGUAGAAAUGCAUGUCUUAGAUUUAAAAAAAAAGUCUAAACUUGUACUUCGUUACCUUGAAUUUUCCUAGACAGGCCCUGAAAGUGUUUCCACAUCCAUCUCCCGUUAGCAGCACCAUCCUUUUGCAGUGGAUGAACAACGCCCCCUACUGUUAUCUUCUCUUAAUGUCAGUAGAUGAUAAUGUUAGACAUGGAACUGCAUUUUGCCUAUGCAAUGUAUACCAUGUUGUAGGUUUUUGGGAAAAUAUAUUCCUUAUGUCUUUUUCCUCUCUCAUUUUUUAAAUUAGUUCAAAUAUUAAAUAAAUGAGGACUUAGAUGUCAAAUAACAGAAUGAAGUAUAUUGACAUGUAGAUAAAGGUGACUAUUAUCUAGUGAACAAAAUUGUCCCUUUUGUUGAAUCGAGCGUAAAAAUAAUUUUUAUCUAUAAAAUUCAGUAUUGUGUGAAUUUCUGUGCACUCUGUGAUGCACAAGCGAACAUUCCAAUUAUUAUACACAUCACAGUGUUUAUAUUUGAUUUACCAUUAAAAAAUGAACACUUCUUACUCAAAUCUAUUUUAUGAAAAACUUCACCUUUAUAGCAUCUCAUCCAAGGUUACUGUAAGUUUUGCUUCCUGGCAAAGGCUCUAGGUUCACCAAGACCCUGAACUGGGAACGUGCUGAUGGAUGGAUGGAUGGAUGGAUGGAUGAAACUAUUAGUUAUACAUGUGCAUUUGGUAAACUAUGCAGCAAAACAAGUGACAAAGCAACAUAAUACAAAAAAUUGUAUGUAAUUGAAAUGUAUCUUUAACACAAAAAUAAAUGGAAUAUAUUUCCCAGAACAUUAGUAGGCACUCCGUCUUUGAAAAAUUACUGUCAAUUCUCAUAUUCAUGGGAGUUUGUGUGUUAUAUUAUAGCUACUCUCCUUAAAAUAAUGGAACUUGAAUUAUUAAUGUCUUUAGAAUUAUUAAUGUCUAAAAAAGUAACAUGGCUGUACCAACAGAAGAACUGCAGUUUGCAUGACAUAUUAAUUGCUGACUGAUUUUAUAAAAGUGGUUUUUACUUAUCGAAUAUUUGUCUGAUUUAUGUAAUCUAAACUAAUAAUACAGAUACUCGUGACUUAACGACCUACCUGUUUAAUGACAGUACUGACCUUCAGACCAGCUCUCCGACCAGUCGGUACUGUACUCUGUACGAGAACUUUGGCCGUGGAAAUUGCAGCACGGCAUCUCAGCGUCAAGCAGUUAUGCAAAUUCAAACAAAGUUAUCAAGUUGCAGUUUCGUUUAGACCUUUUCAUUAUUCAUUAUAAAUAAAAACGAUUACCUGUAUUUACAGUAUGCAAAGCUAAGUAAUGUAUAUAAGAGCUUAUUGUAUGUUUAUUACACUAUACAGUACAGUACUGUAUAAACAUUUAUAAACAGGGGUGCACAUAACUGGUACACAGGUAGGCAUCCACCUAUGAAAAAGAAUUAAUGAAAAAGUAAUUAAACUCUGUAAGAUUUAGAUUUUAUGAUGAGCAUUUCUAUGAUGAACUAGAGAGGAAAACUUACAAGCAAAUUUUGGUUUGGAUCUUCAGUAUAUUAGGAUGGAAUGCACAAGGUCUGGCAGCAGUGUCUGAACAUUUCUAUGAUGGACUAGGAUAGUUUUGCCUAGGUAUCACUAUGAAAGGGAGGAUCAAUCCACACACAGCCUUCCAGCACAAAGGGGUUUAUUAUGGAACCAAAACAGCAACAAAAGAACCACAAGGGGUCAAACAUGAGGAACAACCAUCAGGGACAAACUGAAACACAGGGAACCAACAGGAAGAAGGCCGAGGCCUGUAGAGGGGGGGGGCACCACUACCUCUUCUCAUACACCUAGAGGCGAUGGGACUCUCACAGAAUAGUGGGAGGUCAAUAGCUGAUUGCAUCAUCAAUGUCAUCUACCCCCAGGACACAAGCACCUAAAUAAUUUGUAAGUUAAAUAAUUUAUUGCAUAACUAAUAUUUGUUUGUUGCAUAACUAAUAUUUGUUCCUCUCCCAAUUGGAACACUGACUUCUAACAGCAAACCAUCUUUAUCUUCCUACAAUGACAGAUGGUCUUACAUUUCCAGCGCACCACUACACAGAGUAAGGAUUGUGUCUGAAGUGAAGUUAUUCAAUUUCUGCAGCUUAACAAAAUGUCAUUUUUAGCCCUUCCCUGCCACUUGUAAAUGAGUUAUUCAGUGUUCAUUAGGAGAAGCAAAUAAAACAUUUGAUCUCCAGAUGGACCACACGGCUCCAAAUUAUAAAGUGCCAACCAGAAAUUUAAUGAUUAAACCUUCAGUUUACCGAAAGAGUGGUGAUAUGAACUUGGCUUCCAUUUUUGCAGCUAAAAACAUCUUUAAGAUGAAAAUACAUUUAACCCUUAGCUUCAGCACAUAUUUUAUUUUUCUAUAUGCAUGCUGGAGAAUAAUAACAAUAAUGACUUACAAUCUGUAUUAAUUUAUAUACACACACACACACACACACUUUGUGCCACUGUAUAUCUGCAUAUGUAUGGUAUGACAGUAAAGCCCAUUUGACUUAACUUGAUAGUAAUAAUAUUAUGCACCAUUUUAUACAACAGACUUUCAAUAUGGUAACUCAAUAUGGGAUGCCAUGUGACGUUAAGCACCCUAAUUUCAUGUGACUGAGGGCAGAGAGAUAAAAAAUAUCAAAUACAAACGGUUGUUUGUUUUCCCUCAGAACUGGAGACCGGAGAGGCAAGUACGGCUGUAUUAUCAGUGCACUUCCUUUUGCAAAUGAUAUAUUUGGCCUUGGCUUAUCUAUACAAACUGUUUUAUUAAUUUGUUUUGUAUUUUUUGUGUUUUUACUUCUAGUUCUUGCGUCUUACCAGUUUAUUUGUGAAAAUUUAGGCAGGUUAGACAAUACAGGUUAAACGGGUUAAACAGUUUAUGAAUAUUUAUCUUUAAGUCCAUAGUAUUGUCUUACUUUCCUGUUUAAGCUUCACUAACAGAUAUUUUUACAAGCCCUGAAUCACCUGCAUUAUUCUUUUUUAUAAUUACCAAGUAGGAAAACUUUGAUUACUGUUUUUAGCUUUCAUUUAAAAUGUGCUUUUUAUCUCGAAGUAACUAAACACGAUUUUUAAUAGAUUAAAUUCCUUGCUAUAAAAAAGUCACUUUAUAAUAUUUUUUACUAUAAUAAGAUAAUGAGAUUAUAAUAAGUUUAAUUCUUUACAAUGUUGGUUAACUUAAUUUUUUUAUAAACCUGGCUUAGUUUGAAAUACGGCGUCUGUGUAAAAACCCCAGGGAAUGCAGUAGUCUAACAAAAACAAGGAGGUAAUUACCUUUAGGCUAAUUAACCAUAUUUAGAAACAGUUUUCCUAUGAGACGUCACAAUUGUAUAAAUACGAGCAAAAAAUGCCUCCUUAUCAAAAUAUCUCCAUAAAUAUGUUCAUAUAUUUUGUAUCUGAUUCUCUGUUUUUAAUGCACGGAUACUUCUUUAUUCUGUUUACAUAUUCUAUUGUGAAAUAUUAUUCAAAGUUUCUUAUUCAUUAAAUUAUAUAAGUUUCAGCACUUUCUAAAUAUUCCAGUGUCUCAUUCUGUCUGACUUUCAGGUCCUUUGAUAGCUCCAUACUCGGAUAAAAGCUAAGGGCUCAAAAUGCACACCAUUCAGACCAAAGAAAUCCAACUCCCUUUACUGAAAGAGAGCUUUUUCAGAAGCACUUUCAAAGAUGGGAGAUAUUACCGUGUGGCAGGCCUGGGCAAGACCCAGCAUCAGUGGGAAGAAUCAACCGAGAAGGAAGUCUGCCUGGAGCGAGUCCCAGUACGACGCUCUGCCAGUACCACAUUAUGCAGUGCGGCCGAGCUGGCAGACAGGGGAGAGCCAGAGGCGGUGUCCACUUCUCUUGCAUCAGCAGCUGUCUCAUCACCGGAAAGUACCGGAAAGCCGGGGUGGCUGAGCAGGGUUGCGCUCAGAGGCAGAGCACACAGUGCCGUCGAGCAGCAUGGCCUCAAUGCUAAGGAAGUGCUUCUGCUGAAAAACAUGGGGAGCCAGAAUGGGAAGUGGAAAAGAUCCACAGGAGACACGGAUCGCAGGACUGACGGCAACGAAAGAGGAGCGGGGGGCAAGGAUACAGAGAGUGCAAAGAAAGCAUCUCAGAGCAGGAAAUCAAAGAAGAAUAAUGAGAAAGCCAAGCCGGAUUCUAAGCCCUCGGUGUUUUCAAGCGUCCACAAAGUAAAGAGUCGGGCCAAGGCUAAAGAUUCCUCAGGGGCAUCAAAGGAUGAUGCUCUACAUACCCAAGCUGGUCAUGAUAAAAAUCUGACAAUCAAGACAGAAACACCUAACAUCAGCAUUUCUGCAGAUGAACUGGGGCUGUCAGAUGCUGAGGAGCAUUUUCACUCCACAGCCGAGAGCCGCAAGUCAGGUCUGGAGACCCCGGAUGAGCAGAUAGCAAGUUCUGGCUCCGACACUGAUAUCAACAGUUUCCACUCAGCUGCUGAACCAGAGAAUUUGCUGUCAAACGUCCAGCAGGUGAUUCAUCCACAGCAGGGGGACAUUAAGUCAGCAACUGACGACAAACCCAUGCACCAAACUGAACUCCAAAUAACUGAGCAGCUGUUAUUUCUGGAAGAGAACUUUAGCCAAGAGGAAUACCCAGCAAAGGAUGCCAUUCUUUCACUGACCAACACCAAUCAGGAAUACAAAUCAAUUAGCCCUGAAGAAGACCUAAAUCAGAAGUUGAACAAAUCAGAUAUUAAACUUUAUUCUGGCUCCGCGACAGAGGAACAUGGACUAUUGAGCUGUCAGCUCCCAAUGGUACAGAUUGACAGUAGAUCUAAAAAUACAAUCACCACAACAGUCAGUGAAAACAAUCUCAAAAAGUCUUUUGAAAGUGUGGAAGAGCCAUCAGAUAAUGAUAAUGAAAUGAUUUCAGAAUCAAUGGAAUCUAUCAACAAUACAGGUCUGGAUGAUUCAGCAAAUAGGAGAGGAAGCAGACAAUUUAUCUGCAGUGGACCCAUGCAGAAUUGUCAGAAGAGGUCUUCUUUACCUUUUGUGUCCAUCUCAUCUAUCAAGCCAUAUCCUCCCAUUCACCUGUCCUAUGUAAAGACCACUACUAGGCAACUGAGCUCAUUAAAUCAGUCAGCUGCACCUUCUUCAUCCCACAGUCCCAUGGCUAACCAGCAGGUGGAGCUCUACCAGCAGACAGAGAAGCAAAGGGCAAGGAAGCAAAGAUCUUGCAGCAUAGCUGGCCUAAUUGGUUACUCCAUAGACUGGACUGAGAAGCUGAACAAAAACCAACCAAGGAAAGCUGACUACCCAAGUUAUGGAAAGUCUGAGGGCAGGCUUCGACACGGUAGCCAGCUAUUAGGAGAAAAUUCACCCUGUGUAUACUCCUCCCCCUGCAGUUUUCAUAAUGUCUUCUCUGGCCACACCCUGCUGGAGAAGUUCUUUAGAGUCAGAGGAGAUGAUCCAACUGAGGAAGCAGAGGAUUUCUGCUCACAGCUCCUAGCUAAGGGACUCCUGCUGCCCGUCACUGACUUCUAUAACGAGGAUGGAGAAAGCACCUCCCCCAUCAAGCCCAAGUUCAAUAAAGACAGGUUGUACAGCUGGACAGCUGUCAGCCGGCACCCUCUCUGCUGUGAGCCCCCUGAAGGACGCAUUCAGGGUCCAUGUUCCCCAUCUACGGCAGAUGGGGCGAGGAGGGGGCUAGCAGAGAAGCACCCCAAGACAGGGCAUGAGGUGAUGCCAUCUGGAACAUCUGGAAUGGGGAAGCUGCAGGAUGAUGUGAGACAUAAGCCGCAGGAAAAAAUAUUUAUAAUGAAAGAAGAGCAUGAAAGUGAGAUUCGGCAGCUACAGAAGACUAUUAAGAACCUGAGGACCAAAAUAGCAGAGCUGGAAAGAAACAAUGACUCACAGUGCAAAGAGUAUGUCAAUAGUGCAACAAAAUUGAAUGAUAUCUCUGAUGCAGAUCAACCGACUGAGGACAGGAGCUCAGAGGGCAAAUCAGUGCAGACAUCACCAGAAGUAGAGAGCAAAAUGUCUGCAUUAGUUGAUGUGUCCUCCUCCCUGUCACUGGUCAGUCCUCCACAGGAUUACUCAGUAACAUCACCUCUCCAGUCAGGGCAAGAAUUUGUCUGUAGAUGCGGGGAGAAGCAGACUGGGAUUCAGCCACUGACUCCUUCACCUCUUCCCAUUUCUCCUGUCGUUAAAUCACAACCGCUACCUCCUCCUCAACCUCCACUGCCAGAAGUAUUUAUGCCCUCAUCUCCUCCUAUAGCAUUCCCGGGCCAUGGACCUCUUGCUCCCACACCCCAAGCCGAACCAGACUCUGGUCUUCCACUGCCACCUCCACUGACUGGCAUGGGACCUCUGUCAUCACCUGUCCUUUCUGUCACAGAUUCCCCAUCACCACUACCCGAAGCAGACCUUCAACCCUCACCUCCACUUCACGUAUCACAAUCUGGAAUGGAACUCCAACCCCUGCCACUACUUCCUGUAAUAGGACCUCCACCCCCACCACCACUUCCUGAUGUGGGACCUCUACUCUCAACCUCACUUCCUGGAGAGGGACCUCCACCCCCACCACCACUUCCUGGUGUAGGACCUCCACCCCCACCACCACUUCCUGAUGUGGGACCUGUAGGACCACCACCCCCUCCGCCACUUCCUGGUGCAGGACCUCCACCCCCACCGCCACUUCCUGGUGUAGGACCACCACCCCCUCCGCCACUUCCUGGUGCAGGACCUCCACCCCCACCGCCACUUCCUGGUGUAGGACCACCACCACCACCGCCACUUCAACCAGAUCGUGGUGGCCUUGGUUCUCUUCCACCCCCUUUGCCAAAGGACUGUGUCCCUGGAUUGGCACAAGAAAAAGCAGUGAUUGAACCACCACACCCCAUGAAACCCUUAUACUGGAACAGGAUACAAUUGCAUGCUAAAAGAGAAUCGAAUGGAUCAUUGGUGUGGGAAAAUAUAGAGGAGCUAUCAGUGGACUUUGACGAAUUUGUCAAUCUAUUUUCAAAAUCUGCUGUGAAAGAAAAGAAAAAGCCAUUGUCCGAUACGAUCACUAAAUCAAAGGCUAAACAGGUGGUGAAAUUACUGAAUAAUAAGCGUUCUCAAGCAGUGGGGAUUCUAAUGUCCAGCCUUCACCUGGACAUGAAGGACAUCCGGCACGCUGUCCUGAAUCUGGACAACGCUGUGGUAGACCUGGAAACUCUGCAAGCCCUCUAUGAAAAUAAAGCCCAAAAGGAAGAAAUAGAUACAAUUGAAAAACACAUUAUAUCAACAAAUGGAGUGGAAAAUGCGAAGCCUCUCGACAAACCUGAACAAUUCCUGUUCCAGCUUUCACAAAUUCCCAACUUCUCUGAAAGGGUAUUUUGCAUCCUCCUUCAAUCAACUUUUUCAGAAUGUAUAUCCUCUGUCCUCCGGAAGCUUGAAGUACUACAAAGAGCUUGUAUAACUCUCAAGAGCAGCGUGGGUAUACGCCAAAUUUUAGGCUUGGUGUUGGCUUUCGGCAACUUCAUGAAUGGUGGGAAUAGGACAAGAGGACAAGCAGAUGGCUUUGCCCUGGACAUUCUUCCAAAGCUGAAAGAUGUGAAGAGUAGUGACAACUCACAGAGUCUUCUGUGUUACAUUGUUGCCUAUUAUUUGAGACAUUUUGAUGAGGACAUAGGACAGGACUCCUCCCUUCACCCUCUCCCAGAACCGCAGGACCUUUUCUAUGUCUCACAGAUGAAGUUUGAAGACUUACAAACGGAUCUGCGAAAGUUAAGGAAAGAUCUCAAUGCCUGUACAUCAGAGGUGGAGAAGGUUUGCCGUCAAUCCUCCGUGGACCAUCUGCAGCCUUUCAAGGAGAAAAUGGAAAAUUUCCUCAGUCAAGCAAAAGUUGAGCUGGAGUCUCAGGAAAUGAAGCUGAAUGAAACUCAGAAAAUCUUCUUCGAGUUAACCGUUUUCUUCUCUGUCAAACCUAAGACGGGAGAGAAAGAGGUUUCACCCAACACGUUUUUCUCAAUAUGGCAUGAAUUUUCUACAGAUUUCAAAGACUUGUGGAAAAAAGAGAACAAGGUCAUUUUACAAGAAAGAUUGAAAGUAGCAGAGGAAUGCUUCAAGCAAGCCAGAGAAAAAUCUUCUUACAGUGUCAAACCCAAGCACGCAUCUGGGAUCGUAAGUGGCAUAACCAUUCCUUUACCUCUUCCUUAUGUGUUACUCAGAGAUGGGUAAUUCAGGUCCAGAGAGUAAAAGUCCAGACCGGGAUUUUGUUUCAACCAACCAGUUGGUCAUAAAGAGUCACAG